CUGAACAGGCGGAAGUGCGCAUGUGUAUCAGUUGGACAAGGUUUCAGCCUAGGGGUGAUUAUAAGGAUUUUUUUUUUUUUAAAGAAGGCGAAAUUGUAAAAUAAGUUUUUCUUCUGAAAUUUUCUGCCCUAGGUGGAGGGGACCUGCUGACGGGGAAUGGUGGGAGCUGAAGUUGAGGAGUUCUGGAAGUUACCAGGAUAGAAAGGCUGAAGUGGGGCUCACUUAACGGGUCUGUGUGGCUGCAGAGACAUCUGGCCAGCUGCUGUGGGAACCUAAUGCAUUGGGGCAUCUAUCUGGAGCUCCCUCGUCAUGGCGUCUAGGCCAGAGUUCCCCAUCCUGGUAUAUUUCCCAUAAUCCCCAUCCGGAGCAUGCUUAACCUUUCCCCCAUGGUGGUAUGCCAGAGGGGUGAAAUCUAAAACAAAGACAAAAUCAUCUCUUAUUCAAAUAACAAUAUUAUUAUCAUUAUUAUUCUGCUGGGAUUAUUUCAUUUGCUGUUUCUGUCUGGAAUUAGGGAGUGGAUGUCAUGCUCUUCUCCUGCAUCAAUACUGCAGCCGCCACCUUCUUUAUUAUCUUUGAGAUGUUGGCUGAAAUGCCUCUUGUGACUUGAGGACUGUUCUGAUCAUGCUUCUUUUUCUUCCCAUGGUUCUGCUCUCUGCAGUGAUACUGAUACAUUUCUAAAUUUGCUAUACCUUUGUCAGAUUUUUGAUCGGUUUUAUAAUACGGUACAAUUUUGGUUAGCUGCCUUAAAAACCUUCAAUCGAAAGUGAAUCAAGGAAACGACAGUUUCUUUGAGUUGAGCUGUGCUUCUAGUGACUUCAUGGGCAACUUCAUGUUGUUUCCUGGGCAACAAGAUAAAUUGAUCUGCCUUCUGAUUUUAAUUUAAACUUCCCAAUCUAGUUUACGGACUUGGUAUUUCCUGCUAGUUUCUCAUCAAGUAUUACUCAGGUCUCACCUUGCUUAUCUUUUGGAGAUCAGAGAGGGUCAGUUUGGUGCUGCCAAUCAAUAAAGCAGUGGUAAAAAGCCCACUGCAGCAAAGUUAGUGUCUUAGAUUGAAAAUUGAAAAUCUAAGAAAAGUCCAGAAAAGAAAAACUGACUGAUUAUUUCUUGCAGAAACUCUGGAAUUCUCCUCUGUAAUAAGUAGAAUUUGGACUGACCUGCAGCAUUUGCGACCAGGUUCUGAACAGUAAUCAAUGCAUUUCUUCUAAGAGAGUUUCCUGGAUCUGAAAAUGAACAAACAGAAGAAGACCAUGUAUGAUGAGCAGUCUGAAAAUCUUGAUCAGUUUGGCACAGAUAUCAUUGCUGAAAUUGAAAAACUGUUUACGAAGACAUUUUUGUACACCAAACCACCCAACAAUGAAUGGCAGUUGCCUGAUCCCAACCAAGUUUUUACCUCCAAUCACAAGGCGUUCAGUUCUCUUGUUGCUCUCAAGGAUUCCAUGAAUGAAGUCAAGAACAAACUCAGUGAUAAGCAGCUGGAUGAGUGGCAUCAGCACACCUCCUUCACCAACAAAGCAGGGAAAAUUAUUGGCCACAUCAAGAAAUUGGUCAAUGCUGAAUUAUGCACUCAGGCUUGGUGCAAAUUCCACGAGAUCCUGUGCAGCUUUCCUCUCCUCCCAAGUGAUGCUCUUCAAAAUGGCGAACUCAACUCAGUUCAUUUAUGUGAGGCACCUGGUGCCUUUAUAGCCAGCCUCAACCAUUAUCUGAAGUCUCACCGUAUCCCCUGUGAUUGGAACUGGGUCGCCAAUACCUUGAAUCCGUAUCAUGAAGCGAACGAUACCCUUAUGAUGAUUAUGGAUGACCGACUUAUUGCCAACACUUUGCCCUGGUGGUAUUUUGGUCCAGAGAAUACUGGGGAUGUCAUGACCCUAAAACACCUUACAGGGCUGCAGCACUUCAUAAGCAACAUGGCCACUGUUCAUUUGGUCACCUCUGAUGGGAGUUUUGAUUGCCAAGGCGAUCCCGGUGAGCAAGAGACACUGGUUUCUCCAUUGCAUUACUGUGAAACUGUCACUGCUUUAAUGACUUUGGGUCAUGGGGGCUCCUUUGUUCUGAAGAUGUUUACUUUGUUUGAACAUUGCUCAGUUAAUUUGCUGUUUCUACUCAAUUGUUCCUUUGAGGAGGUUCAUGUUUUUAAACCUGCUACUAGUAAAGCUGGGAACUCUGAGGUCUAUGUGGUUUGCCUGCGCUAUUUGGGCAGGGAGGCCAUUCACUUCAUCUUAUCUAAGAUGAUGCAGAACUUUGGGACAGAACUGGUGGCAAAAGCUCUAUUUCCCCAAAACUUAAUUCCAGAGUCUUUUCUUAAAGUUCAUGAAGAAUGCUGUUUAUUCUUUCACAAGCACCAAAUAGAGACAAUUUCAGAGAACCUCCGACUCUUUGACUGUAUGGGCGAGGUGGAGCAGGCCAGGCUAAAUGCUUUGCGGGACUGCUCUGUAGAUUUCUUCUUGCAGAGAUUCCAAUUAAAACCUAUUGCCCGAAACAACUGGCUGGUGAAGAAGCCUCAUGCUGGCUAUAGCAUGAAUUCCAAAUGGUUUGGACAGAGGAGCAAAUAUUUCUGUACCUACAAUGAGAGAAAACUGCUGGAGUCCCUGUCAUGGGAAGAUAAGGUGGUAAAGGGAUGCCUUAACCAGUGGGUUGAUGAACACGUUCUCAGUAAUGUGGGGAAGGGCUGUGUUUUAGAAGGAGCAUCUGGCAACCUCGACUGUCGUUUAUGGUAUAUCUUGGAAGGCCAGCGAUUGCCAAGAGUUAAAUUUUCUCCCUUCUGUGAUGGUGAGGUAUUGAAGAGCCUCAAUGAAGCCAUUGAAAAAUCUUUAGUUGGGCAGGCUGUUAAUGGUGGCCUUAUAAGAAUGACAUAUACAGAAUGCCAAUUUUGCUAUGUUCUCACAGCAUCAUCGGUGCUCUCUGAAUUAUCAGAACUUAUGGAAUAUCAUGAAGAAGUUCCAGAUAAAAAUUGCAUGAACCAAAGAAAAUGCUUGGUUUUGGGUUUCCCAAUGUUUUGCGAUGAUGAAAGUAGAUCUGGCUUGGAAGUUAAAACCGUGGAGUCAGCAUCUCUAUUGGCUUUUAGCUGCUCUUUACUCCAUGACGGAGAACCAAAAUAUCAACUGCAUUUUUUAGAAUGCCUUUUGGGUGCAUUUCCUCAGCUUCAGAAAGGAGAUGCAUUGGUUUUGCCUAUUCUUUCUUGUUUCACACGCUUUAUGGCCGGUUUAGUUUUCAUAUUGCAGAGCUGUUUCCGGCGCAUUUCCUUUGCUUGCCCCACAUCAUCUCAGCCUUUAAGGACCAAUGCUAUGUUGCUUUGUGCUGGAUACCAAGGUCUUCCAGAUUCAGUUUUCCAAUACCUGCAGCAGCUGAAUAAACUUAUGAGAACCCUGCUUGACUCAGAGUCUCCACAGCAGGUCUUGCAAUUUGUACCUAUGGAGAAUCUGCUGAAGGGGUUGUUGUUGGAGUUUCUAUGGGACCUCAACAGUGCUAUUGCAAAAAGACAGUUGCAUUUGAUUAUCCAAAUUGAGCAGCAGCAUAUGACAUGAGGAGGAUACAGCUCCUCUAGUUUGGCUAGUCAGAAGUAUUUUUUUAACCAUAGAGAACAUGUUUUAGUGUUUGCUGAAAGAUGUCUCAUGAACUGCUGGGGAAGAGGAAAAUGUACAGUUUAGGCAGGAGUGGAUAAUCCAUGGACCUCGAAGAACUGCUAUAUUAUAUCUCUCAGCUGCCCCAGCCAGCCUGGUCAGUAGUGAGGGAUGCCAGUGGGAACUGAUUAGGCAAUAACUGGAUCACCAGUUCCCUACUCUUCAUUUAACUAGUAGAACCUCUGAUUCUAAUCCAGCUUUCUCCAAUAUGGUGUUUUCCAUGUGUGUUGGGAGUCCAAGAAUUACAACUUAGAAUUUGGAAUUACAACUUAGAAUUCCCAAAAGUAGACCAUGCUGACUGGGACAUCUGAGAGCUGUAGCCCCAGCGUUUAUGGAGGAUGGCUGGGGAUGAUCACCUUGACAGAGCUUGUCCGAGGUUGGCACAUUCAUGUCAGUGAAUGUAUGAAUUGGUCACAUAUCAGAGGGAAUCAGCUAGGUAUUUUUAAUUGACCAGAGCUCUACAGUGAGAGCAACUAUCAUAAAUCAGUUAUGCUUUAAGAAAACUGAGCAGCUAUUUUAGACUAUUGUACAUGGUUUUGUAUAACAAUACUAAGUAUCACAUUCCAACUUUGUAAAAAAAAAAAUCCAUUUCUGAUCUUUUCUUCUUUGUCUCUGUCAGCUCUAAAGCCAUAUUAGGUGAAUUUGCAGUAGAUAAGUCCAGGGAUGAUCCCAAGAUCUACUUAAAGUUAGCCACAAAGCAUGAACCUGCUGGCUUUCUUCACAUGACAUGGUAACUAUGGAACAUGGUUAAUGUGGCUGUAUUUUCAUGCUUGUUAACAGCCCACUCCUAGGUCUAUGUGUAGCUCUUUAAUGAAACUUUGUCACAUAUCCUGUGAUGCAGACUUGAGAUGGCUGCCAUUUUGGAUGUUGGGAAAGUUGUUUUAUAACUUAAGUUUGUUGUAGAUUGUGAAAACUGAUUUCUAGGAUAUCCAGGCAGUGACCAUUUUGGGUCCUCACAGGGUGGUAAAGGAUAAAUCUUGACUAAAGAGCUGAGCACAACAGUAAUUAGGCUAUUCUAUGGCCAGAGCUUUUGUCAAGGAAGAAGUAGCUUUGCUUCCCCAGUGAUUUUAUUUUAAAUCAUGGGGAAUAAUGCCAGCAUUAUUUAGUUUUUAAACAAUUCAGACUUAAUGAAGCUGGACUGACUUGAUAUACAUUUGAUGAAUCACUGCAUUAGUCCCCAUGAAAAGCAGACCAGUUCAUGUAUCAGAGCAUCCAAUUUUUUCUUUGUUUCAAUGGAUUUGGUGUGAGCAAUCAGGGUGGGAGUGCAAACUGUGGCUAUCAACCAUUGAGAACUUUCAGAUGGUCAGAACAUUUUUUUCUGAUAUGGGAAGUAGCUUAAAGCUUUUCCCUCUGUAUGCAAGAUAAAUUUAAAAUCAAACAGAGGCCUUCAACCACAAUCCACUUGGGUUCCCCUGCAGAGCAGUGUUUCCUAACCUUGGCAACUUCCAAAGCUGUAAACUUCAAUUCCGAAAAUUCUCAUCUACGGCCACGCUGGCUGUGGAAUUCUGAGAUUUGAGGCCCAUACACCUGGAAAUUGGCACAGCUGGAAAGGUGCUUUAGAGACCCCAGCAGAGUUUUUGCAACAGAAAUGCAAUACUUCAUUUUCAAGGAUUCAAGCUUUCUGUGAAUUGUGCUCCUGAUAUAGCCAUGGCCUUAAACUCAUGUUCAGUGACAAAUAUGGCUCCGAGCCCUCUUAGAACUGCUGCAGACUUGUAUGAGAUAAAGCACAGUAUACGCUUAAGAUCACAUUCCUUCUCACAAAUGCAGAGUAAAUAUAUGGAAAAGAUUCUGGGAUUGUCCAAAUGUGGUCAUUGAGCUGGCCUGGCCUUGCUUUUCAUGCUUCGCUUAUUAUAAAAUAAUCUUUUUAAGCCCUCCAAACAAUGGUUGAUGUUUUGAACCAAAUGCCUGCAAGUCUGCAGCCUAAUUUCAGUCAGUUCUAUGUGACCAUUUCUUAUGUUGCUGGAAAAAAAAAGAUGCUGCUGCUUUAAGAAAUGCAUUCAUGGAAAUGAAUGCAAACUUUAAAGCAGUAGCACCUGUUUUUCAUACUGCUUGCUUUUGACCAAGGUCUGAAGCACUUCUGGCAUAUAUGUUUUGAAGUAUGUGCAGAGAUCAAGAAUUGUGACAGUGCUUGCCAAUUAAAUGGGGGCAGGGGCGGGGAAGUGUUGGAAAAUAAUUGCAGACCAUGGUAGGAAUAAUAUUGGGUAAUAAUACAGGAAAAAGAAUAUUGUCUGGUUGAUAGGCUUAUUCUAAAAAGGACCUGUUCCCAUUUAAUGAUUUAAUUCUGCUGAGCUUCCUGUCUUAGGCAGUCACUAAUAUAUAUUCAGUGGGGCUAUAAAGCUGCAUGUUCAACCUCUAAAUCAUAGGCUUCCUUUUGGCUUUUAUGAGUUGAGCGAGAAUUCCUGUGCAUUUCAGAACUCAAAUACCUAAAUCAUGCAAGAUGCAGCUUUGACAAGGAUUUUACUGUGGAUUUGAAAAAACUGCUGUCAAAAAAGUUGUUUUACAACAUAUAUAUAUAAGGGGACUGGGAGGAGGAGUGACUGAAUGCUUGACCUCACAAGCACCUUUCUGCUUACGUUAGAAAGCAGCCUGCUAAGGAGUUGUGUCAUUGGUUCAUCUGGUGUGCUGCUGUCAACAGUGACCCACUCUCCAUGCUGCCAAGCAGAGUUUGUAAAUUAGGCAUACAAAUUGUGUGGUCUGUGAUUACAUAGGGCAGAGUUCUUGAACCUGGUGCUGUCCAGGUAUGCUGGAUUACAACUCCCAGAAUUCUUAGCCAGCUCAGACAAAGGUACCUGGGCAGUUCUUGCCCAUUCUGUUAGCACUGUCAACAGCUGGGAAUAGUACACCAUUGCAUUAAACAAUAGGUUGUUGAAGGAGCCACAACUGACCAGAUUUGCAUACAUGCUGGCUGGGGAAUUCUGGGAGUUGAAGUCCAUGCAUCUUAAAGUUGCCAAGUUGGAAAAACAGUGAACUAAGGCAUGUCAUGAUUUACACACCACAAUGGCUGUGUGGCAUUGAUGUUUUAAUUCAAAUCUGUCGAUUCUAACAAGAAGCUUGUGAUAUUCAUCCUUAGUUUUAAGUUUUGAAGCCCAAAAUCACACCACUGAUAUUUAGCCACAUCACUGCCAAGUUUGGAUGGAUUAGUUUUGAUCCAAUGUUCAGGUAUGAGGGAAUGUUUAGGAUGGGAAUGGGAAUUCUUAUAAAACCCAGAUGCCUGGGGCUUCUGUUCCCUCUUUGGGGCAGUUAUCUCUCAGCCUGAACUACCAUGCAGGAUUUCUAUUAUAUAAAGCACCCCGAACUCAUUAUGAGAGAUGUGGGAUAAAAAUAUAAAAUAAAAUAUUUAUUCAUUACUUUUAUAGCCUCUCUCUCCAUUCAAAAUGGCUAUUAGCAUGGCUAACAAUAAUAAAAUACCAAUGACAACUGAAUCAUAAUUAAAACAUAAAAAGAAAUUCAUUAAGCAUAUAUAAGUAAACUUCCCAUUUUAAGAUUCUCACUUAAAUAAACCCGCUAUCUUUUCUACUACAGCAGUUAAGAGUUUUGUGGAAAUAACGGGCAACGUAUAAAUGUUCUCAGUCUCCGGAGGCAAAUGGAAGAAUGUCAGCUAACAGAAGCAGAUGCAUAAUUGUUGACUUCUCUACACGUUGGCCCAUUCUUCCCCCAACAGCCACCUUAAAGGCUAGAAAACUGCAUAGCAACCAUAAAAGGAAUGCUUCUUUAAUUAUAAUAAUGUGCACGAUUAUAUGCAAUAAAUAGGCCAAUUAACUCUCCAUGCACUGUGCUUGCAGCUGUUAGGAGCUGCUCUUGAAUUAUUGCACUCAACAGUAUGUUCUGCUGGGUGGCAGGCUUCUUAAAUUAGAGGACCUUUUUUGAUGAAAUAUGUGCCAUCAGGUCGGUGUCAAUCCUUAGCAACCACAUAGGUAGAUUUUCUUCAGGAGGAUCUGUCCCCAACCUGGUCCUUCAGGUCUUCC